CAGCACAAGCAGGGAGGUGGUGGUGGUGGUGGGGGUUUCCCUACGCACAGCAGGCCCGGGCAGCUUUCAACAACUCAUUGUUUUGUAAUUGUCCCAAUGGCCUUCUGUCCUGACUGGAGCGCCGGCAAAGCUUCGAGACGAGGCUAGAGCUAGAUGUUGAGAGCCUCGCACACACAUUCUCACACACACACUUUGACACGCUGGGUUCAGACGGGACAGUGAGGAAGUGUGUAAGCAGUAUGAAGGACGGACACACAGCUGGAAUAAGUUUCUCAGAGUGAAAGUAUAAGAAGGAGGCAUGGACCUUUCACCAGAGUAGGAGACAAAAAAAAAAACUUUCAACCACAUGACAUGGACCAGUCCCACAGCGCCCCCUUCAGCUCAGAGAAUGAGGCUCAGGGAGGCGACCCAGCUGUGUGGCAGUGCACUCCUCCCCCAUCUACCUCACCUUCGGGGGAGACGCCGCCAGCCCACCCUCCCCACUUGCAGCCCUCGCCUAGACCCCGCUCCAGGCCAGACAGCCAAAGCCCCUCCCCCCCUUCCACCCUGACAGGAACCAAGAAGAGGAGCUCCAAACCGGCACACAUGAGACGCAACAUCAGAAAGCUACUGAGGGAGCAUCAGCUGGAGGCAGUGACUAAAGCCGCCCAGCAGGAGGAGCUGGAGAGGAGGCGACGUCUGGACCAGCAGAGAAAGCAGGAUUUCCCCGUACCCCUGCUUCCUGAAUACACAGCUGGCGACGUGACAAAGCAUGUGUCUUCGUCAUCGGCAUCAACAGCAUCACACCAAGAAGUGAAGUCGGCCAGACAGGAAGUGAUCUGCCUGGACUCCAGCAGCACUGGUAUCAGCAAGGAUGACGGCAAGGCUAACGUACCCACUUCCGUGACUACAGUGCACAGACACAAAACAGAUGUGAUCGACCUGAGCUCGGGCGAGGACGAAACCGUCGUCCAUGUCAGCAGCGAGUCCACCAAUGAGGAAGAGGAGAGCGAGCCGAGCGGCGCCCAUGCCAACGACGCCCUCAACCAACCGGACGCCCAAGGCAGGGUGCUGGUCAACCUGAACCACCCGGCUUCAGAGACGGACAUUUUCCUGUCACCUCAGCUGGCACGAGUGGUCAAACCUCACCAGAUCGGUGGAAUCCGUUUCCUGUACGACAACCUGGUGGAGUCAGUGGAGCGCUUCAGCGGCAGCAGUGGGUUCGGCUGUAUCCUCGCUCACAGCAUGGGCCUGGGCAAAACGCUGCAAGUCAUCUCCUUCAUCGACGUCCUGUUCAGACACACCCAGGCUCACACCGUGCUCGCCAUCGUACCUGUGAACACGUUGCAGAACUGGCUGUCAGAGUUUAACACAUGGGUCCCGCCCCCGGAGGCGUUACCUCCAGAUAUUGACCCUAGACUGGUGACACCUCGUACCUUUAAGGUUCACAUCCUCAAUGAUGAACACAAGAACACAGCUACCAGGGCCAAGGUGGUGGAGGAUUGGAAGCGGGAUGGAGGAGUGCUGCUGAUGGGCUACGAGAUGUACCGCCUCCUGUCGCUGAAGAAGAGCUUUGUGGCCGGGAGGAAGAAGAAGAGCAAAAAAUCAACAGGACCAGUUGUCAUUGACCUAGACGAAGAGGACAAGCAGCAGGAACUGCUCAAAGGUAUUGAGAGAGCUUUAGCCCGACCUGGUCCAGAUGUGGUGAUCUGUGACGAAGGCCAUCGCAUCAAGAACUGCCACGCCAGCACGUCCCAGGCUCUGAAGAACAUCCGAACUCGACGCCGUGUGGUCCUGACCGGCUACCCACUUCAGAACAACUUGAUUGAGUACUGGUGCAUGGUCGAUUUUGUCCGACCUGACUUCCUAGGUACACGGCAGGAGUUCAGUAACAUGUUUGAGCGUCCCAUUCUGAACGGGCAAUGCGUGGACAGCACACCUCAGGACAUCCAGCUGAUGAGGUACAGGAGCCAUGUCCUGCAUAGCCUGCUGGAGGGCUUCGUACAGAGACGAGGUCAUGAUGUCCUGAGGGACCAGCUGCCCUCUAAGGAAGAACAUGUGAUCCUCGUCCGCCUUUCUCCCCUGCAGAGGGCGCUCUACACAGAGUUCAUGAACCGGUUCAGAGAGGCAGGAAACACCGGCUGGCUCAGCCUCAACCCUCUGAAGGCUUUCUGUGUCUGCUGCAAGAUUUGGAACCACCCAGAUGUGCUGUAUGAGGCCUUGCAGAAGGAAAACCUGGCAAGUGACCAGGACUUGGACCUUGAUGACAUGACCUCCACAGGACCCGGCCGAUGUCCAACUGCACCCAAUCAAAAGUCCAAGCCCCUGGAGAAUCCUAACCCAAUUGGUGGGCUGAGUCUCAAUCAGUUGCAGGAGAAAGCCAAUCAGGUCAUCACUUAUGAAUGGGCGAAGGACAUCAUGUGUGACUACAAACCUGGCAUCCUGGAGAACUCAGCAAAGAUGGUGAUGCUGUUCCACCUGAUAGAGGAGAGCGUCAGGAAGGGAGACAAACUGCUCGUCUUCAGUCAGAGUUUGUCCACACUGACAGUGAUUGAGGAUUUCUUGGCAAAGAGACCGAUACCUCCCUCACCCAACAUGUCUGGCAGAGACAGACCCAAUCAGACCUGGGUCCGCAACCUCAACUACUACAGACUGGAUGGAAGUACAACGGCCUCAGAGAGAGAAAGACUGAUAAACCAGUUCAAUGAUCCAUCCAACACCUCAGCGUGGGUCUUCCUGCUGUCAACCAGGGCUGGUUGUCUGGGUGUGAACCUGAUCGGGGCGAACCGUGUGGUGGUGUUUGAUGCCUCCUGGAACCCAUGCCAUGAUGCCCAGGCCGUGUGCCGAGUCUACCGCUACGGUCAGAGGAAGCCGUGUCACAUAUACCGACUGGUGUGUGACUUUACGCUGGAGAAGAAAAUCUAUGACCGUCAGAUCUCCAAACAGGGCAUGUCAGACCGGGUGGUGGAUGACCUGAACCCUGUGCUGACCUUCACUAGGAGGGAGGUGGAGUCCCUUCUUCACUUUGUGGAGGAGGAGCCAGACCCCUCCCAGGUCCAGCUGCAGCCCCAGGAGAGCAUGGAGAGCGUCCUCAGAAAGGCGCUACACCUCUACCCUCACUUAAUUACAAAGCAACCAUUCCCCCAUGAGUCUCUGCUGAUGGACCGCAGGGAGCUGAAGCUGAGCAGUGCUGAGAAGAAAGCUGCUAAGAAGGGUUAUGAAGAGGAGAAGAGAGCCUCUGUGCCGUACACCCGCCCCUCCUAUGCCCACUACUACCCCGCCAGUGACCAGAGCCUCACCAACAUCCCAGCCUUCAGCCAGAGAAACUGGCGCCCUCCCCCUCGUACUGAGGAGAAGCCAGUGGCCAGUGUCAGGCCGGUCCAGUCAACCCCAGUUCCCAUGAUGCCCCGCCAGGUAUCUGCAGGCUCUGCCCCCGGCAACGAUUCACCCGGAUCCAAACUCGGAGGAUUUCCAGUCAACUGCCUGCAAAAAGCCGGGGUGUUUGUACAGAAGAUCGUCACCACUACUGACAUAGUGAUUCCAGGCACCAACAGUUCAACAGAUGUCCAGGCCAGGAUCACAGCUGGCGAGAGCAUCCACAUCAUCAGGGGCACCAAAGGGACUUACAUCAGGACCUCUGAUGGUCGCAUCUUUGCCAUCAGAGCAGCUAAUAAGGCCAAGACGACAGAGGAGGGUACCACAGCGCCACCCAAAGACUCGCAGGCCCCGCCUGUGGAGGUUUCAACCAAUGGCAGUAACAGUUGUCCAUCACCUGAAAAGAUGCAACAGGCACCUACCAAGUCUGUGCCCCGCCCUCUCUCACCUGACAGCCCAGAGAUCAUCAAUGAGUUGCAGCGCUACACAGGUGGUACAGGAGUGGGUGCCACCACAGAUUCUGGAGCUCAGCCAGAGAGGGCAGCAGAGAACAACAUGAACAACCUGCCUUCCACCAAACAGCUUCAGACCAAUGGCAGCACCAGGAGCAGUUUUCCCAGUGGAAAUAUGAGCCACCAUGAUGCCUCUGUGACUAAUGUGAUCCAGCCCAGCACUGAAACCACUGUCGCCCAAGACCUGAGAACAGGCUCCAAGCGCAAAGCAUCUAGCCCAUCUUUGGAGGAGCGGCCCGCCAAGCAGCCCUCUGCAGGCAAACACUCCUCAGCCUCUCUGGCUUCACAAGGUUUCCCCUUCACCGGGGGCUAUGGCCUCCCUCCACUGGGCCUCAACCCCACUAUGUUGGGUGGGUCCCUGGGGCACCCACUCUUUGUGGGGGCGGGUUCGCCUUAUUUCCAACCUCCCCAAAUGGGGGACCCCAGUUACAUGUAUGCAGAUCUGUUUGGCUUGGGUGGAGCCAGCGCAGUCCCCACCUCCUCAUCCUCCACCUCAUCGACGACAGCCACUGCUACUGCUGUCUCCUCCUCCUCGCCAUCCUCAUCUUCCACAUCAGUUAAAGCUGCCAGUUUGGUUCCAGGUGCCCUGCCACCGUUCAUGCUGAGUCCCAGUAUGGCAGGCAUGGCUGGGAUGCUCCCCCCGGGCUUCCCCCUCGCUUACAGUCAGUCUCUGGCUAGCCUCUACGCAGGGUCGAUGCUCCCGGGCGGACUGCCAGGUCCAGCUGCCACUCCUGGCCCAGCCGGAGCCAGCUUCCUCUCACAGUAUCCUCCCACUGCUGCCUCCGGCUCCUCCUCAUCUUCCCCCUCUUCCUUCUCCCCCUCAGCACGAUCCGAAGGCCACCGGGGUCCGGUUCUGUUGAACGGCGGGAAUGUUAGCAGCGCCAGCAGCUCGGAUGACGACGAUGAUGUAAUUGAAGUGAGGAAUCAGUGACGGGCAAAUGAUGUGGUUGUUUGAGAAAGCUUGAUUCAAUUUAAUAAUCAUCACAAUAUGAUGACAUCCUAUUUACCAGGAUACAGGCUUAAAAUGGCCUGUGGCCGAGGCCGUGAAGGAAAUGGACAAAAAAAAAAGGGAUGACACCUGAGCCCCCGCUAAAGCAUUUAGUCUGUUCUGCCUUGGAAAAACAGUCUGAGCGGAGAUUGAACACAGACUGAACAUGGUGCAACAACUUUUGAUGCUGAAUAUCAGAAGAUGAAACCUGCAGAAGAGAAAAAAAUCUCCAGAGGGACAAAGAAAAUGAAAAUCAGAGGACUUUGGGCUUCCAAGUUUUUUUUUUUUUUGUUUGUUUGUUUUUUUGUUCAAUACUGGCAUUGAGAUAUCAAUCACUGGACUUAGUACUGCUGAUUGUGGGCCUGCAGUGACCACAAAUGGCCACUAGCUGUACUGUUGACUUUAGAGAUUCUAGUUCUGCAGCUUUGCUAAAUGUCAAGACUCUUUUGCUUUAUUCAGCUAAUUAAAUGAUGAUGUUAGGAUGGAAUCGCUUGUUAAAAAAAGGUUUGAUAAUUAAGUUAGCUGGUAGAAACAUUUGUUAAAUAUCAGUAACUGAAAUGGUAUUGUUUGUCACUUGUCAAAUAUUGCUACUGAAUAUUUCAUAAAAUGGUUAAAAGUUAAAAGAUCAAAGAGAACUUUUGGAAAGCAUUUUGACUGAAGUUAAUAAUUCACUGCCAGGACAGGGGUAUUGUACGUUUUUGUUGUAGGAACGAAAAAAAAAGAAAGAAAGGGGAUCAUUUUGAAUUAUUGAAGAAGCAUUUGAGGUUAAAGUCAAUUACUGAAACCUUAAAACUCUAAUGAAAGAAUGUAUGCUCAAUCAAAUGCCUUUAAACCAGGCCUUUUUGGAAAGACUCCUAUUUAGGCAUCAGACGUGGGAAGAUCUGAUUUUCCUUGUUUUCUGUGUGUGUAUUUUCUAUUUAUGUAACCUCUUUUACUUUUUAAAGAAAAUGAUUGCCUAAAAACAGCCAGGUGAAAACGAAGAAAAAAAAACUGUGUUCUAGAGAGGUGUCCUCCUUGUAGCGGAGAAACAACCAACAGAAAAUGCCUUUUUGCCUCCGUCUUUCUGAAUGUGAACUGUGAGAGAGGGGAGGUAAAGAGAGACAGACGGUCACCGCGGCUCUCUGAAUCUCACCCACAGUCUUACUGUAGCCUAGUGAAAAAACGAUGCAAAACACUCACUCAAGCCUAUAUAUGUAUUUGUACAAACCCCAGAGGAAUUGAGCUCGCAACCCUCCGAGUUUUGGUUUCGCUUGUGUCGUUCCUUCGUUCGUAUUUGUGCGUUGUGUUCUUAAGGGUUACAAAAGGAAUUGUUAAAAAAAGAAUAAAUAGAAACUUGUGUUACUUGGUUUGGUAACUCGUUCUGACACAGAUUCCACCUCUGCUCUGCUGGGUUUUUUUUUUUCUUUCUCUGUCUCAUCUUAUUUUCGUGAACAGAGGUUAUUGUGAAACCAAACAUAUUUUUCUUUUUUGUGGAGAGAUGGUGUAGCUUUGCCAAAAAUGAGAAAUGCACAAGCACAUCAGAAACCUCCAUCAAAGAGGGUUGUGUCGUAAGAGACCAAAUGAUGUUGUCAACAGUUUAGAGCAGAAUAUAAAAAUCCAUCAGAGCGACACGCUCUCCCUACAGCAUCCUCAAAGCCACAGUCGAGACAUACAUAUCCAUCUCUCUGUAUGACCUUGCAGGUUAACGCUGUAGACUGCACUGCACUGUAAAAGAGACACAAAUCUGUAUAGGUCUGUAGACUGGUUGACCACUGAGAAAGCUUCACCGUGUGACAAAGUUCACAUCUGAUUUACCCUAAAGCAUCAUUUUACUGUUCCAGUUGAUCCCCCCCAAUCACACGAACUGUCCUCGUGUAGAAAAUCUUCUCCUCCAAAAUGGCUGCAGCGAGAGCUUUAAAAACCACCAGCUCUUUUGUCGGAAGCUAAACUCUAAAACAUCAUUGAGCAAAGACUAAGCAUUUCCUGUUCUUUCUCUUCCAUGUAUUUGUUCUUCAACCUGAAAUUGUUAGUUUUACUUAUGUUUCAUUUUUGUUCUCCUCUUUUUACAAUGUUUGAAUUUACCAAAUUAAUUUAUUUAUGACGGUGCGUAUUUAUUCAUUUUUAUUUUUGUAUAAUGUUUUUUGGUUUCCUUUUUUGUUGCUUUCUCUUUAUCUUGUUUGUAAAAUUUUUAUGGUCAUAUUACUAUUGUUGUUACUACAGAUGGAAAACGCUUUCGGGUUUUUCCUCGUGUUUGGUGGGUUUCUUUAGUGACAAUCUGCCAGUCUGACCUAAUACAUGUGAACUUGUGCAGAACUUGCAUGUGGACCAACCAAUUGGUGUGUGGUACUGUGCACAUUAAUAUCCAGGAUAGCAUCUUUAAGAAGGAUCAAAUAAAUAUCAUAUCCUGUUUACAAUAACUCUGAUCAGCCCUGGUUAUGAGGAAAAAAAAAAUAACAUCAGAGAUAUGUUGAUGAGAUCAGAUCCUUUCCUCAGAACAUCUUGUAUGUUCUCAAGUCACGAGUGGGAUACACAUCUAAGUAUUUUAUCUGAAUGAUAUGAGCCAUUUGUGUGCAUGUAAAUGAAGCUCAUUCACAAGUAAUGGGUCAGAAACCCAGGCAGUUUAACCACUCGUUAGCGGAGAGAGAAAAAAAUGAUAUCAAGUGCUUUUCAUUUCUUUACUUUUUUUUGUUAUUCAUUACCAUAUCAUCAGAAAUGUCCAUCUGUGUCAUCACUACGAUGGCGAAACGAGCGAGUUUCCUCAGCGUUGAACUGUUUGGUCGUCAGCUCUGCGUUUGCUGCACCGAGCUGACUGCUCUGUUAUUUCACAGCUUUCUACUUGAAUUUACAUAUUUAUUUAUACAAAUUGAUUUGGUCGGACAAGCUGAGCCGACUCUAUCUGAAUUCCAUUUUAGCUGAGGAGAAGAUUAAAGCUGCUGUCUUUGAGGAUUGGCUCUAGUCAAAGCCUGUUGUGUAGUUUAUCGAUGGAUAAUGUGUAUGACCUUGGAUUACUUUUAGAUCCUUUUUUUUUGGUUUUGUUUUUUGGAAGUUUGUAAAUAAAAAGAAACAUGUUCUCAAUAA